AGCUUGAAGCAUCUGGAUCAUCAAACUUUAACUUCUCACAGAACGCGUGUUUUUGGUUGUUAAUGAUGUGGCAUUUGCCAAGGUUGCAAGUUCCGCAAGUGGUAAUUGAACUAUGUUGCGUCCUGCUGCUUGUGGCAGAAGUUGUUCCUUCGAGUUCGGCAAACGACGGCCAUUUCUACCGAAGGCCAGAAUAUCGUGGUGACAGCAUGCGGCAAAUUGGAUGGAAUAGCCAACAGUAUCCACCUGCUGUCGAAAGCUUAGGUUGGCUUCCCAAAUUCCAGCCCGUACAAAGCAAACCAUUGAUGCGUAUGGACUACGGCUACUAUUCACCCACCUCUGUCUACGGUCCCGUAUAUAACCGCCCCACGUAUCCAGAUGACAGCGUUCUGGGAUAUCGUUUCGGUUCCCCAUGGCAAAACAACUUCAAGCGAAGAAUGCUACAAUCAUCAUCAGCACCUCUGUUUGGAUACGAUUCUGGCCCCAGCAGUGGCUACUACUACCCAAAUGCAGGCUAUGGUUACGGACAACCAACGGCACUGGCCUGGAAGCAUUACGGAAAUAGAAGGGAGGAUUUCACGAUGAACGGCGACGUUUGGAGCAGUGCCUCAACCACAACCACUACGACGCCACGGCCGCACAGGCCUAGAAAAAGUAAACUUUUCGUGGCAAACGUUUGGGGAUGAUGUAUCUUUUUUCAA